AGUCACAACCUCCGGCUGCAAAGGGAACCGUAAAAAGCGGUGUAAACGCGCAAUUUAUUUUCAGGAACUCUGAAACCCCGGAUUGAAUGAUCGCGGUAAAACAACUGACCUUGUGUUUCGCUUAAUGUGAACYAACCAGGUAUUUAUGAGUCCAGAAAUGAGCGACUCUUCAGUAAACCCUCUGGUUCUGAUCGGUAUUGGGUCCAGCUUUGCCUUCUCUGGCCUGUUUUAUCAUCUAUACCAAGAAAAGAAGAAAGAGUUAAAAAAGCUGAAGAAAAUACCCAUUUUCAGACCAGAUCAGCACCUUGUUAAAGUACUGAACUCAACUCCUCACAAGAGGCUCCAGUAUGUUGCUGUUGAAGGUGUCGUUCAUGCUGACAGUGAGCCUCUGACCAGUCAGUUUGUUCCUCGAUGCUCUGGUGUGAUCCAGAAGAUUUCCGUGGAGGAGGAAUGGAAAUUCUUUAACUAUGUCACCAAGACCUGGAAGUCCCGCACGGUAAACAAGAAAGAGACCAACAACUCUGUGCCCUUCAGUCUGGUCAGCCCUGGAUCCUACGUGCCUGAUGUUUAUGUGAGAGUCCAAAACCCUCUGGAGGCCUCAGGGAGCUUCCUGGAGAGGGUUUAUUUCCGAACGAGGAGCGCAGAAGAGGGAGUGAUGGAUGUGGUGUUGCAGGGUCUGAGRGGUGAGAAACCUGUGGGGAUGGUGGAGAGCGAGGAGAUGCUGCGAGAGGGGAGCAGCCUGACGGGGUUUGGGGAGGUAGUGCUGGAGGGCAGCCGGGUGGUGAGGCUGCAGGCCCCGCAGGACGGCCGCAAGUUCACCCUGGUGCCCAGCGACUACAGGAGCUUCAUGGACCGACACGAAGCCACAGCCAGCAUGUGGAAGAUGCUGACUGCUGUAGCUGGGAUCACUGGAGCUUCUCUCGUAGCUGGGGUCAUUUACAACUUUACUGGAAAACAGGACAAGAGUUCCAAGUAGGUGAGAUUCUACAGGUUAAAAUCCACCGAGGUUGUGUCCUUUGUUGGGAAAAAACAAGCCAACAUUUGGGAUUUUCUCUCAGUGCCUCAGCUUUCUACUAAAUGAUUUUGCUGCAGAUAAUUCAAUUAUAAAUCAAUCAUUUUGAUUUGUUUCACUGGAAGCAUCUUGUUUUUUUUUGGACAAGAUGCAUCAAAGGCAGGAGGAUGAAUGUCAUGAUUUUUAUGCAAACAACAAAACAUUUUGUGUGAA